AUGAAAACUAAGGGAUGCCAUCAAACCAGAAGUUCAAGUAAUGUAUUGAAAGACAUUACUAAUAUAGCACAUCUGAGGAAACAAAAAUGCAAUUCAUCAUCAUCUACAUUCGAUGCGUCAGCUCAGUCCAUACAAGAAGAAGAUGGAUUAGUCGGAACUGAUUUGUUUGGAGGGUUCAUUGAUACAAAUAGCCAGCAAGUCUUUGAAUGUUCUUCUCUAGAGAAUACUGAUACAGAAAAUGAGGACUCUGAUUUAGAUGAUACUAUGGAUUUUGAGCCAGAGGUUGAGCCAAACGAUAGAGAGAGAGUGGCACCUAAUUCAGAACACACUAUUGGUGUUAUAAAGGCGCCAAAACCACCUAACCAAAAGUGUUUUAGUGAAAACGAGUACUUAGAUGAAGGUGAUCCGGACUACAACUGUUCUCAUUGUGGUGCUAUCAUGUGGUAUGGAGAAUGGCUAAACAAGCGGAGAAACGCAAAGAAUCCUACAUUUUCAUUAUGUUGUAUGCAAGGACAAGUGAAAUUGCCGUUGUUCAAGGAACCACCAACAAAAAUCCAGGUGAAGAAAAAGGAUCAUCUCAGAAAAGAUAUUAUAGAGACUUUAAUGAAGAUGUUGAAUGAAGUCAAUCCAUAUGUUAAAAAGUUUAGUUCAGCAAGGGACUGCUUCAACACAGAUCCUGAAAAUUCUUUUCAUAUGAGGAUUGUUAGUGGGAGGUUAAAGGAUGGAAGGACGUAUAACACACCCACAGCUUCAGAGGUUGUUGCGCUGAUUCCUGGAGAUUUUAGUCUUGAUGUGGACAGGAGGGAUAUUGUUCUACAAAAAAAUUCAGGAAAACUACUGAGAAUAAACGAGAUUCAUGCUUCAUAUCUUGCACUUCAGUAUCCUCUUUUGUUUACAUAUGGUGAAGAUGGAUUCAGACUUGGUAUUAAGAAAGGAGCAACAGAAAAGACGAAAAACCAGAAGAAGCCUAAUAUCAGUAAGAGGCAAUGGUUUGCUUUUCGCCUGCAUGAGCAUAAGAACGAAUCGCAUUCUCUCCUACAUUCUAGAAGGCUAUUUCAGCAGUUUUUGGUGGAUGCCUUCACAACGAUUGAGUCUAAUCGUUUGCGAUAUUUGAAGUUAAACCAGCCUUCUUUGCGAUCGGAUAGCUAUGACUCUAUUAAAGAGUCUGAGAACGCAGGAAAAGUGGAUAUGAAUGAGCAAGGAACUGAGUUUACAUUACCAGCUUCAUUCGUAGGGAGUCCUAGAUAUAUGAAGAAUUGUUACUUAGAUGCUAUGGCUAUAUGUAAGCAUUUUGGAUUCCCUGAUUUUUUCAUCACUUUCACAUGUAAUCCCAAAUGGCCAGAGAUCACAAGAUAUGUUAAGGCGAGGAAGCUAAAGGCUGAAGACAGGUCAGACAUUAUCUGUAGGAUUUUCAAGAUCAAACUUGAUUCAUUGAUGGAUACUCUAACCAAAAACAAUAUUUUGGGAGAGACACAGUCAUCUGUGUACACAAUUGAGUUUCAGAAACGGGGUUUACUACAUGCUCACAUUCUCUUAUUCAUGACGAAGUUAAAGAAGCCUACAACAGACGAUAUUGACAACAUCAUUUCUGCUGAGAUUCCUAACAAGAAGGAAGAACCAGAACUAUAUGAGGUCAUUAAAGAUAUGAUGAUUCAUGGUCCAUGUGGACGAGCAAAUACUAAUUCUCCAUGUAUGGAGAAUGGCCAUUGCUCUAAGUCAUAUCCUAAAUCAUUUUCUGAGAAAACCACUAUUAAUAAGGAAGGAUUUCCGGUUUACAAGAGGCGUCAGCAGUCAGAGAACUUUGUUAUGAAGAAUGAAGUGAGAUGUGACAAUCAGAGUGUCAUUCCUUAUAACCGAAAGUUAUCUCUUCUUUACAGAGCUCAUAUCAACGUCGAGUGGUGCAACCAAGUUGGGUAUAUAAAGUAUUUAUUCAAAUACAUUAAUAAAGGACAGGAUCGUGUCACAGUUGCUGUUGAACCACCAGACAACAUUGUUGCAAGUGAGUUAGGAGAUGUUGAGCUUAAUAAAGAGAAUCUUGAUAAGAAAAGGAAUGAACUCAAGGAAUUCUUAGAUUGCAGAUACGUGUCAACGUGUGAAGGAACAUGGAGAGUAUUCAAAUUUCCUAUUCACUAUCGAUCAACUGCUGUUGAGAAGCUUAGUUUCCAUCUCCCUGGAAAGCAAAUUGACUCCUUCGCAAGAACAUUGACCUAUGCUCAGAUCCCAAGCUUCUAUACUUACGACAAAAGGUCAAAGAAGUUCAACAGGAGGAAACAGGGAUUUGCUUUGGGGAGGAUUAACUAUGCCCCUAGGACCCAGGAAGAUGCUUAUUACUUGCGUGUAUUGUUGAAUGUUGUCAGGGGACCCACGAGUUAUGAGGACAUUAAAACAUACCAAGAUGUUCUCUAUCCGAGCUACAAAGAAGCAUGUUAUGCUAGUGGGUUAUUAGAUGAUGAUGAUGAGUACAUUGAUGACAUAUGGGAAAACACUUGGAUGUUUCUGUCUGAAGAUAUCGAGCACUCUAGGAGAAGGAAUUUUAAUAGACCAGGUCUGUUGCUGAGUGAUGACGACAAAAAGAAGUAUGCUUUACUUGAGAUUGAAAAAAUAUUGAAAAGGUCCGGAACUUCUCUCGCCAAAUUUGAUUCUAUGCCUAGACCGCCAAAGACAAGUAGCCACGAUGAAAAUGUUUUGGUGCUAGACGAACGCAGUUACGAGCGUUUUGCUUUGUUAGAGACUCUUCGAAGAGAUCUUCCGAAGAUGACGUGCGAGCAAAGAAAGAUAUAUGAAGAGAUUCUUUCUGCUGUUAAUAAAGGAGAUGGUGGAAUGUUUUUUGUCAGUGCUAUCAGAUCUAGAGGAGAUAUUGUUCUAAAUGUGGCUUCAAGCGGCAUUGCAUCACUGUUGUUUCCUGGUGGUCGGACAACACAUUCCAGAUUCGACAUUCCUCUAAAUCCAGACGAGUUUUCUUCAUGUACAAUGAAGCAUGGAAGUGACCAAGCUAAUUUAGUGAAAGCAUCAUCACUUAUCAUCUGGGAUGAAGCGCCUAUGAUGAGCAAGCAUUGUUUUGAGGCUUUGGAUAAAAGUUUAUCUGAUAUUGUUUGGAAACACGACACACAACCAUUCGGUGGAAAGGUUAUCGUGUUUGGUGGUGAUUUUAGGCAGGUUUUGCCUGUUAUAAAUGGUGCUGGUAGAGCUGAAAUAGUUAUGGCCUCACUUAAAUCAUCCUAUCUUUGGACGCACUGCAAAGUUCUUAAGCUCUUCAAGAAUAUGAGAUUGCUAUCAGCAGGAUUGUCACCAGCAGAGGCAAAGGAUCUUAAAGAAUUUUCAGAGUGGAUAUUAAAAGUUGGUGAUGGUAAACUUUCAGAGCCUAAUGAUGGUGAGGCAGAGAUAGAAAUUCCCUCUGAAUUUUUGAUUACAGACUGUAAUGAUCCUAUAGAAGCAAUCAGCGAAGAGAUUUAUGGCAUAGCAACUUCAUUGCAUGAAAAGAAAGAGGCCAAGUUUUUUCAAGAGAGAGCUAUCCUCUGUCCAACUAACGAGGAUGUUAAUACAUUUUCAUCUAUUGAUUUCGCUUUCUUUGUAUUUGAGUCUUAUUCUCCAAAUAUAUGUUCUCUUUCAGGUGAGGAAAAAACUUAUAACAGUGCUGAUAGCAUUGAUCCUUCUGAUACAAGUGCUGUGAACAAUGAAUCUCUUAGUGCUAAUUUUCUAAACACAAUCAAGGUUUCUGAUUUACCAAACCAUAGUCUUAGAAUAAAGGUUGGUUGUCCUGUUAUGGUUUUGAGAAACAUAGCUCCUUCUGAUGGCUUAAUGAAUGGGACGAGACUGCAGAUCACUCAGCUAAUGGAUUUUAUGGUUCAAGCUAGGAUUAUAACAAGAGAGAGGAUUGGGGAGAUAGUUGAUAUUCCUAGAUUGCUAAUAACCCCUUAUGACACCAGAUUGCCUUUCAAAAUGAGAAGAAGACAACUGCCUCUUGCGGUGGCUUUCGCAAUCACAAUCAACAAAAGUCAAGGGCAAUCACUAUCUCAAGUAGGUCUUUAUCUACCAAGACCUGUCUUUUCACAUAGUCAGUUAUAUGUUGCUGUUUCUAGAGUGACUUCCAAAAAGGGAUUGAAAAUUCUGAUUUUAGACGAAGAUGGCAAACCACAGAAACAAACUAAGAAUGUAGUUUUCAAAGAAGUUUUCGACAACCUUUAA